CCGCUACAAGACUGCAUUCAAGACACGAUAUGGGCAUUUGGAAUGGCUGGUUAUGCCUUUUGGCCUUACGAAUGCCCCGACCAUGUUCCAAGCGGCUGGCCCCGACCAUGUUCCAAGCGGCUAUGACAACGGAGUUCCGAUACAUGCUGGACAUAUUUGUACUCAUCUACCUCGACGAUAUCUUGGUGUAUAGCCGGAGUUUGGACGAGCAUGUGGAGCACCUGCGCACCGUUUUGGAGCAGCUACGACAAACCAAGUACAAAGCCAACCACGACAAAUGCGAAUUCAUGCGACAAGAGCUUGAUUAUUUGGGUCAUUAUGUGACGCCGCAAGGCAUCCGUCCGCUUGGGGACAAGAUUGAGGUCAUCCGCGUAAGGCCUGAGCCCACCAACACCACGGAAGUUCGCUCAUUCAUGGGGUUGGCGGGCUACUAUCAGCGCCUCAUUACUGAGUACUCAAGGAUUGCCGCACCAUUGGCGAGAUCACAAUUGCCAAAGGUUCCAUUCUUAUUCAACGACGAAGCGUGCCGGUCAUUCCAAACACUGAAGACGGCCAUGCUCAUGGCACCCGUCCUUAGCAUCUACGACCCCACCUUGCCAACGAGAGUGACAACCGACGCCUCUGACUAUGGUAUUGAGGCAGUCUUGGAACAACACGACGGCAACGACUGGCACCCCGUGGAGUAUUUCAGCCACAAGGUGCCUCCCAUCAACUCACUUGAUGAUGCAAGGAAGAAGGAGUUGCUCGCGUUCAUGAUGACUCUCAAGCGAUGGCGGCACUUCCUCCUUGGGCGUCGUAGGUUCACAUGGGUCACGGAUAACAACUCGUUGACCUACUACAAGAUGCAAGAUACGGUGAGCAGCACUAUCGGGUGAUGGAUGUACUUCAUCGACCAAUUUGACUUCACACCGAAACAUCUCGCCGGCCCCUCCAAUCGCGCAGCAGAUGCACUCUCGCGAAGACCCAAUC